AUGGAGUUUCAAGUAUCUCAAGAUUUAAAGGAGCAGAUCAACAAUCUAUUGCCUUCGCCUCCGCGUAUGAAAAAAUCUGAAACAAAAGAUAGUAUUUCCUCUGUAGAUAGCGACGUAAGCCUUUCUUUCGAUCGAAGAGGAUCCAAGAGCGACGAGGCCGAUUUGUCAGAUUAUGAUAGCGAGAUCAGGCUUGCAAAGAAGAGUGAUACUGAUCAAGAUUCAGGUGCGGAUUCUGUAGAUGAUGUUACAUCGAAAGAAUUGACAGAGCAAAGACAAGUGAAUGUUAUUCCGUCGGAAUCUUCAAUAGAAUCAACUGAAUUAACGUUCAACAGAACGACCAACGAUUUCGUGACACCGAAUGAUGAAUUAGCCGACAAGAUAUGCGCUCAAGUGGAAUACUACUUUUCUGAUGAUAAUAUAAUAAAGGAUGCAUUCUUAUUGAAACACGUGAAAAGAAACAAAGAAGGCUAUGUAUCUCUUAAAUUGAUAUCCAGUUUCAAAAAAGUUAAACAUCUCAGCAGGGAUUGGAGAGUAGUCGGAGCGGCUUUAACGAGAUCUAAAAGACUCGAGCUUAAUUCACAAGGGACUAAGCUGCGUAGAGUGAAUCCUUUACCAUAUUUUGAUCAGACAGCUCCUUCCAGGACCAUUUUAGCGACUGGAUUACCGAUAGAAAAAUUAACAAUCGAAUCUGUCGCUGAGAUUUUUAAGCCUUGCGGUGAGAUAGCCUUAAUAAGAGUGCUUAAACCUGGACGUCCAGUACCUCCCGAGGUGCGACAGGCAAUCGCUAGAAAGCCAGAAUGGGCCUCUAUCGAGGAAUACGCUAUGGUCGAAUUCACGGACUCAGCUUCUGCGCGAAUCGCCAUACAAAUGUCCUUGGGGGACGUACAAGUAUUUGAGUUACGUCACUCAAUUGACAAGAAGAAGAAACAUCAGCCUACGAAAAAAUGUAUCCUAAGUAGAACAGCAAGAGAAGAUAAUCACAAUUCAUCGAGUUGUCCCAGUGGAUCUGAGCCAGAGGAUGGAAGAGUAAGGCUUAAGAGAGGUUUUCAAGGAUAUCCGAUGUAUCACGUCCAUAAUACGAAUUAUCCUUUCCAAGAUACGUGCUUAUCUCGAAAGCUCUCUUCCUGCUCCAUAUCCAGUUCCGAGAAUGGUUUUCCGAGAAUGUUUCGACGUCUAUCUUCCUGUUCCGGUUCCAGCUCAGACUCUGGUAGACGUUAUUCCACUUGUUCAUCUGGUUCCGAAACAGCUUUCUUUUAUCCAAGUUAUUCAAAAAGUUUUCAUCAUCAUGAAAAUCAUCGUCACUCUUGCUGUCCUUCCACUGGUCUUCCGAUGGAAUGCCGAGGAAUCUGUUAUAUCGCAAAUCGUCGUGGAUCGGCCGAUUGUGGACCAUUAUCAAGAAAGCUUUCAACAUAUAGUCGCGAUUUUGAUAUGAAUAUUAGAAGAACAUCCUUAUGUUCCUCAAAUUCAGAACAGAAUGUAUUCUUUAGAUCAAGAAGUAACAACAGCGUCGCGAUGACACAUGUGCCUGAGAAUGUGACAAGAAUGCCGUCAGGACCCGAUGGUACUCGAGGAUUUUUCAUUCGUUCGGCAAGAAUAUCAACAUCUUUAGAACCUACUCAUUGAACCAUAUAAAGGGAUUCGUCUUUAUAUACGAAGUCUGAGAGUAUACUAUAGUACAAUGUUUAUUGAUAUUCAACACAGCUGAACAAAUCGAGACAGCAAUACAUUCAACAUCUUUUAUGACAGUUUA